GGGGUCGGCCCCGCCACCGUCGCCGCCAUGCCCAUGAAAGGCCGCUUCCCCAUCCGCCGCACCCUGCAAUAUCUGAGCCAGGGAAACGUGGUGUUCAAGGAGUCCGUGAAGGUCAUGACAGUGAAUUACAACACGCACGGGGAGCUGGGCGAGGGCGCCAGGAAAUUUGUGUUUUUCAACAUACCUCAGAUUCAAUACAAAAACCCUUGGGUGCAGAUCAUGAUGUUUAAGAACAUGACGCCGUCACCCUUCCUGCGAUUCUACUUAGAUUCUGGGGAGCAGGUCCUGGUGGAUGUGGAGACCAAGAGCAAUAAGGAGAUCAUGGAGCACAUCAGAAAAAUCUUGGGGAAGAAUGAGGAAACCCUCAGGGAAGAGGAGGAGAAGAAAAAGGAGCUCUCUCACCCAGCCAACUUCGGCCCUCGAAAGUACUGCCUGCGGGAGUGCAUCUGUGAAGUGGAAGGGCAGGUGCCCUGCCCCAGCGUGGUGCCAUUACCCAAGGAGAUGAGGGGGAAGUACAAAGCCAUUCUGAAAGCCAGUGCCCAGGACUAAGGCCCAUGGUCACUGUGGGCUGGGGUGAUGGUGUCUGACCAGUGGGAAUAUUGGAAUGGGAUUACUCUGGCCCAGGGAAGCCCCUGGUUCUGUCCCUGGAGACUCUGGAAAUCCUUUUGCAUUAAAAGGACUUUACACACCUGUGUAAAAGGACAUGGGAGAGGAGGGUCUGAAGCUGAGCGCUAAAUGAAUAUCCCUGCUCCACUGGUCAAUAAAACGCUUCCUAACAGCAGCUUGGUGUGUAUCUGGUCCUAGUCAAGAGGAAGGCCUGUGUAGUAGAAAGGCUUUGAGCCUGGGAGGUUAAGGCCACAGCCUGUUGACACCUGUUUUGGUCCUGUGACGCUUUACUGGUCUCCACUGGCUUUGAAUCUUCCUCUGGGCCCUACUCUGGAGAACAUCAGGGUUGCUGUGGUUGAGUCUGGCUAGCACUGUCUGUGGCUGGCAGUGUGGACACCCCUCCAUUCAGUUCCUUGGGUAUUUUUCAGAAAUCCAAAGGCAACCCUUUGUGCACCGCUCACUUUUGUAAGUAUAAUUGAUGACCCUUGCCUGCUGGGGAGCCUAGCCAUGGGCCAGAGAUGGAAGAG